UUUGCGGAUUUGCGUAUCUCAUUCUCUUCUAUUCGCAAGCCAUCUCAAAGACAUACAACCAAACAAACAUCCACAAUUCCCUCUUUUUUCUAUUAUAAAAAUAUAUAUAAAAAAAAAAAAGUCACGUAAGUUCUUAGAGAAAGAAAGUACCACUUUAUUUCUUAUAAAAAAGAUUGUACAAAUACGUGUAAAUCACAUAUCGAAACACACUACAAAUUUGUGUACCAGAGAAGAAACUUCUGAUCUUGUUCCCUCUCUCUCUUUCUUUACAACAAUUUUCCUCAGGAUGGUGUGUUAUAUUUUGAGAUGUGAAAAUUAGGGCUAGGAAUUCUUGGUUCUUGAUUUUUUUUUUUGUUUUUUGGGAUGGGAAAUAAGUUGGGAAGGAGGAGGCAAGUGGUGGAUGACAAGUACACUAGGCCUCAAGGGUUGUACCAACACAAAGAUGUGGAUAUUAAGAAGCUUAGAAAACUGAUUCUUGAUUCCAAGCUUGCACCUUGUUAUCCUGGUGAUGAUGAUUGUCCUAAUGUUGACCUUGAGGAAUGCCCCAUUUGCUUCUUGUAUUAUCCCAGUUUAAAUCGUUCAAGAUGUUGCAUGAAGGGAAUUUGUACAGAGUGUUUUUUGCAGAUGAAGACUCCCAAUUCAACACGUCCAACGCAAUGCCCUUUUUGUAAAACUUCAAGUUAUGCGGUGGAAUAUCGCGGGGUUAAAACGAAGGAACAAAAGGGGAUUGAGCAGAUUGAGGAACAACGAGUUAUAGAAGCCAAAAUAAGGAUGAGACAGCAGGAGCUGCAGGAUGAAGAAGAUAAAAUGCAGAAACGAAGAGAGCUUAGUUCUUCCAGUAGUAUUGCUGGACCAAGUGAGAUAGAGUGUUGCUCUACAGCAGGACCAUCUUUUGCUUCUGCUGUAGAAGGUGGAGAAGUCGCUACUUCUCAAGAGACAUGUGCAGCUCCAGCAAUCAGACAGCCUCAACGCAUGAGACAAAAUAGGGAGGAUGAUUUUGACUUGGAUCUUGAGGAUAUAAUGGUUAUGGAAGCCAUAUGGUUAUCCAUACAGGAGAAUGACAGAAAUCGAGCUAUGGACUAUAGUGAUGUUGGUCCAUCAGAACAAUAUACAGAAGAAGAUCAUCGAUGUGUCCCAGCAGUCAGCGCUCCAGCAGCUUCAGGCUCAUCUUCUUCUCCUUCUGGUGGUCUUGCUUGUGCAAUUGCAGCCCUUGCUGAGCGCCAGCAAAUGGGCGGAGAGUCAAGUAGCUACAGUCGGAACAUGUCAUCGUACAAUGAGCAUCUUGCAUCUGAUCGGUUUUCCAAUAGGGAGGAACUCGAGAAUGAUGAUUACCCUCAUGCUGAGGGCCCCAUGCAUGUGUCACCUGAAAACCAGUUGGAAAUAACAAGGGAGGACGGUGAAUGGGCUGAUCACGGGUCCAUGGUGGCCGAAGUUGGAACUAGUUAUGCAGUCUCUGACGAAAUGGAAGACGAUGCUUCUUCAUUCCCUAUGCAGGGCGAAAUGGUAAACGAUCUUCAACCCAAUACCAGUUCAAUAGUUCCUGAGAAUUUUGAAGAGCAGAUGAUGUUAGCGAUGGCUGUUUCACUGGCUGAGGCAAGUCAUGCGCGGUCUAGUCCACCUGGCGUGGCCUGGCACUAGUAGUGCUAGAGAUGUGGGGUUGUGAGGAUUCCACUCGUAUUACAAUCGCCACUCAUCACAAAGAAAAAGCCAAAAAAAAAAAAAAAAAACGAAGUUUGGGACAAGAAAAGAAAGUGCAACUAGUUUUUUAACCACUCUUGUCCUCUUACCUUUCUUCAUCUCCCUUUUCCUACUUUCCUCUCUUUCGUAUUCUGGUUUACUGCUGUACGAAAACAGAGAAAUUGAUUCUAGUGAAUGAAAUGUUGCUUGAGCCUGCACAUAACAAGUUUUGCAA